AUGGCAGCGACAUUCCGCAGUGUGGUCCUCGGUCAGCACGAGAUCGCAGCCAUUGUGUUUGCGUUUCAGUUUGGUCUCUACGAGGACGUGCGCCCAGCCUUUCGCGCCUGCCAUCAGCUUGUCGAGUUUGUCGGCAACGAAUACGAAUGUGACGUGUCGUUCCACACGGCGUUUGCCCCCGACGCCGCACCAGAAGGCGGCUACACGCUAUUCCGAGCCUCGUACUAUAACCUACGCCCACGUCAGCGCGAUGCUCGCUUCCCGCUGCACGUGGCCAUUGCCGAAGGCUGUGUGCAGUUGACCAAGCGCAUGCUUCGCUGCCGCCCGGACCUCGCCUCGAGAGACGCGAUCAUCUUGGCCUUUAUGAAGAACCGCCUCGAGAUUGUCGAGCUCCUACUCGAUGAACGUGAGAAGGUGCCCGAGCUUCAUCAAGGAGAUGACAUCGCGCGGACCAACACUACCACCGCGGAGCGCGACUUGAGACAUCCGAGCAACUUCUUGUCCGAAAUGCUGGUUCGAGCCGACACGAGAGGCGUCGACCUGCUGCAGCAUUUUGGCCCGCGCCCCACCGACUUUGGCACCGUCAGCAAGAUGCUGGCCAUUGCCAGAGCGACCCUUGAAAAUGCGACGCUCGCUCUCAACGUGUUUCCGUGGCUCACCUACCCAAGACUCUUGGACUAUGUCGCGGCACGAGGUUUCGUGCCGCUCGUCCAGUCGCUGCACGAACGCGGUCUCGAGUGCUCGACGGACGCCAUGAACGCAGCGGCUGCCCACGGCCAUCUCGAUGUCGUUCGCUUUCUGCAUUUGCAUCGACGCGAGGGCUGUACCACGAACGCCAUGGACAUGGCGGCGGCCCUUGGUCAUGUGGAGGUCGUCCAGUUUCUCCAUGUCAAUCGCACCGAAGGCUGCACGAGCUAUGCGCUGGAUUGUGCGACUCGGAAUGGCCACCUCGAUGUCGUUCGCUUCCUCGUGGAGAACCGCGCCGAGGGUGCUUCACCCAACAUCCUCAAUGAUGCUGCUGGCAACGGCCAUCUCGACGUCGUCCAGUACCUCCAUACUCUCGGCUCGUUUGGCUGUACCGUCGCCGCUGUCGACGAUGCGGCCAAGAAUGGUCAUUUGGAGGUCGUCACGUUUCUCUUGACCAACCGAAGCGAAGGCUGCAGUCGCGACGUCGUCGUUCGAAAUGCGCUCAAAAGCGGUCAUCUGCGUACGGCCGAGUACCUCCUCUCGCUCGGGUAUCCGCUUCCGACCUCGGUGUUUGUGACUGGAAAAAAAAACUUGCGCAAGCCCGAGAUGGUUGGUGUCGUCCAGCUUCUCCUCGCCCACGGCGUGCCUUGCGACCAACACUGGAUCGUACAAGCCAGCGCUGUCAACAACGUGCCGCUUGUGCGCUUUCUCCACGCUCACACCGACCCGUCUGCCCACCCCUAUGCGAUAUCAGUGGCGAUCCGCGGCAAGGCGUGGGACGUCGCGGCACUGAGUUGCGGUGCAGUCGAUGUCGUGUCGCGCAUGCUGCAGCGCCAGCCAGAGCUAAGACACGACAACCUUCUUGAUUUGGCGGUUCCAAACCACAACACGGACGCCCUCCAGUACCUCCUCACUGCCGGCAUCGGCAAGCCUCGCGCCUGCCUCGUCAAGAUUGCAGGUCGUCGACGGCAUUGGACGGCAAGCAAGCUCGUACUGCCGUACUGCAUGGACGCGAGCAACCAUCUCGACAACGUCCUCUUUCUUUUGAAGCUCUACGAAGAGUCGGCCGACCGCGCGCGAACGCUGGAGUUGAUCAAGCCCGCGCUCGCGUGCCACGCACGAAAGGCCAGUCAAACCGUCGAAUUUGCGUCGAGCGUGGCGGCGCGCGCAACGACUCUGCUACAGACCGACGGGGUUGUCGAUGGUGCUUUGGCGCUCGUCAUCAGUCAUCUUUGCGCAACGGACACGGACGUCACUACUGCGCGACUGACAAGCUUGGUCGACUUGGUCGUUGACGACGAGCUCCAGACGCAGCUCCAUCGUCUCCCCGAGAUUGCGGUCCUUGUGUUUGAGUUUCAGUUUGGCGUCUGCGGCGACGUGCGCCAAGCCCUCCGCGCGUGCGACGCGCUUGUCGAGUAUGACCGCAGCAGCUACGUCUCGUUUCCGACGGUGAUCGCGCCGCACGCUGCGUGGGAAGGCUCUACGCGAAGUUUUGGCGCACCAGGGUAUUGGCUAUGCAACUGCCAACGCGGCGCACGGCACGUGCCCAUCUACGAAGGCUUUGCGCGGCUGGCCAAACGCCUCGUUCUGCACAGCCUCGCGACCGAAGGUGCGAUGGUCGUUUUUGCUUUGCUCGAGAACCGCUGUGCGGUCGUUAAGUUUGAAAUGGAGCAGCGCACAAAUGUGUCAGGGCUGCGUCGAGGUGUCCACACGCAGAAGCGUACGAGCCUCCAUGCCAACCACGCCGAAGGCGCCAUCCUCUGUGCACUGCUGCACCCAUGUCAUAGAUGA